AUGUCCACUACAAUCGAGGGGCCGAUCCGAGACCGCAUGACCGAAAACACCCUCGCGUUCAGUGAGAAGGACCUCGAGACCUUGACAGAACCACACAAUGACGCACUAGUAAUUUCAUUCCUUUUAAGCAACGUUCAAAUUAAACGUGUACUCAUAAAUCCAGGCAGCUCGGCCAACGUAAUCAGGUCAAAGGUAGUGGAACAACUCGAGUUGCUCAACCAAGUCGUACCCGCCUCCCGGGUCCUCCACGGCUUCAAUAUGGCCGGCGAAAUAACGAAGGGAGAGAUCGUCCUCCCAGUUGAUGUGUCCAGUACAGUUCAGAAUACCAAGUUCCAUGUCAUCAUUACUGACAUGAGGUACAACACAUUGCUUGGAAGGCCGUGGAUACACAGCAUGAGGGUGGUGCCGUCAACUCUGCACCAGAUGAUAAAAUUUCCAACGAAAGAUGGCAUAACAACCAUAUAUGGUGAACAACAUGCAGAAAAAGAAAUGUGCGAUGCCGCAGAUACGAAGAAGAAGGCCGUAGAAGCGGAAAGGGCCUGGGGAGGUUGGAGCUACAGAAGUGGUUGGGGAGCCGCACCUGCGAUGGCACAUGUGGGAAAUGCAUCGCAGAUGCGGAUAUUG